CAGUUGUAUUUACAUUCAGUAUGACUUGUUAUGAUUCAAUGUGAAAGAGUAUACUGCUCAAUAAAUAAUGAUCACUUCACCACCUCUCUUGACAUCUAGGCGCUUGAGAGUGAGUCAGAGGCAGAACACAGGGACAGUGGAGAGAGGUCCAUUGCUGAGGAACAUGGCUGACGGAGACUUGCAGAGUGCUGAGGACACUGUGGACGCCUUAAAAUUGUUUGGAAAAAGGUUGGGUGCAAAGCCUGCAGGCCGUAGUGAGACUCCUAGCAGUGAGACUCCUGAGGAAACUGACUCUGCCCCCCGCAACCAUAGUGACCCUUACCGCUACAAGAUGGACUAUCCCUGCAUCGGAACCUGUCUGAUCAUCAACAACAAGAACUUCCACCCAAGCACAGGUAGAUACACCCUUUCUACAAAACACAGA